GUAUAAUUAGCCCUUCUCUACCGUGGAAUAAGGCGACCGCCGCCGGUCGCCGGAAUCACUCACACAGCCGCCGAUGAAGCAUUAUAUAAUACGCUCGCGAUGGAGCUCCUUGUUCUCCGUUCGCCGUCUCACUCAACGGUCACUGAUUUCACUUCAUCCUAUCAUUCUCCCAUCAUCCUCGAAUAUGGGUUUCUCCAAUUAUUCUCCAACAAAUGACAGGAAGAACUGUAGGUCUCACGCUUUCCUUUUCUCCACUCUCAUUCAACUGUUCUUGACCUGCAAUAGACUCUCAAGAGCUUGUGAGGCAUUCUCUGCAAUGAGGUUCAUUUUCAACUUCGUUCCGCCUGACUUAUACUACUGGAACUGCUUGCUCCGCGAUUUCAAUUCCGCUGGUUUGGUCUCUCAGGUAUGGCUCGUGUAUUGCGAUAUGCUUUCAUGUGGGUUUGUGCCAAAUGUAGCUACACGCAAUAUAGCGAUUCAUUCUUUGUGCAAAGUUGGGAACUUGAACUUGGCACUUGAUUUGCUCAGGAUAAACACAACCCAUCACCCCGAAAUUGAUACUGUUACUUACAAUACAAUCAUUUGGGGGUUUUGCAGACUGGGACUUGUCCAUCAGGCUCUUGGAUUGGUUUCGGAUAUGGUCAAGAAAGGUGUUCCUCUUGAUUCUUACACUUGCAACAUUUUGAUUAAAGGUUUUUGCGACAUCGGGCAGUUAGAAUAUGCCCACUUGUUUAUGAUUAGUAUUGUAGAUUUAGCAGAGCCUUAUCCUGAUACAGUGACUUUAAAUACAUUGAUUGAUGGGUACUGCAAAACUGGUGAGGUUAAUACUGCUGAGGACUUGAUAGAGAGUAUGCCAAAAGAGGGGCUGCUACCGGACAUUGUCACUUACAAUACUAUAAUUGAUAGGUUAUGCAAAACAGGAGAUUUUAACCGUGCCAGUUACUUCAUAAAUGAAUCAGUGGAUGUAAAAGGAUCAAAUUCAACCCAGAAUUUGUUCAUGUAUACAUCGCUUAUUAAUGGGUACUGCAAGUGGAUGGGGCUUGAGCAAGCGCUGUCUAUCUAUGAGGAAAUAUUGGUGGGUGGUCUUGUACCUGAUGUUGUAACUUAUAGCUCAAUGAUCAAUGCUUUCUGCAAGAACAGGAGGUUAGAGGAAGCCAAACUGCUUUUAGAUGAGAUGAGGAAAAUGGCCGUGGAUCCUAAUCAUGUUUCCUUCUCUACACUCAUUGAUUUCUCCUUCAAAAAAAGGGAUCUAAUGAGUGCUUUAUCACUUCAAGCACAAAUGGUAGUUCGAGGAUAUGCAUUUGAUGUUGUCAUUUGCACCAUUUUGAUGGAUGGGUUGUUUAAGGCAGGAAAACCUGCAGAAGCUGAGGAAAUGUACAAGACUCUUUGGAAAUUCAGUUUGAUUCCAGAUUGUAUUACUUAUUCUGUUAUGAUUGAUGGUUUCAGUAAAUUAGGAGAAAUGAAACGUGUAGACAGCUUACUGAACGAAAUGGAGGCAAAUAAUGUUUAUCCAGAUGUUAUUACAUAUUCCUCUGUGAUAAAUGGUCAUAUCAAGAAAGGAAUGCUCGAUUCUGCAGUUAAUAUCCUUACGAAGAUGACAUCAUCCCUAAAUAUCCUCCCAAAUACUUACACUUAUGCUUCGUUGAUUGACGGCUGUUUCAAGUUGGGAAAACGUGAUGUUGCCUUUAGCUUAUACGAAGAGAUGAAGUCAAAAGGGGUAGAUGAGAAUCAUUUUGUUCUCGAUUCUUUUAUCAAUUGUUUAAAACGAGAAGGGAAGUUUGAACAGGCUGAGGAAUUGUUCAGGGAUUUAGUAUCGAAAGGAUUAACACCCGAUUGUGCUAACUACACUUCGAUGAUGGAUGUAUUCUUCAAAGCAGGAAAUGAGUCAGCUGCACUUAGUAUGGCUCAAGAAAUGUCUACGAGAAAUAUAGGACUCGACACUAUUGCAUACAAUGUCCUUAUAAACGGUUUAUCAAAGCUGGGAAACUAUAGAACCGAGACUCUUUACGAUGGAAUUAAACAGUCUGGUUUGGUUCCUGAUUUGGCUACUUACAACACUUUGAUCGGGGCUUAUUGUAGAGAAGGGAAUCUGCAAGAUGCUAUCAAUCUGUGGGAUGGAAUGAAGAAUGACGGGCUAAUUCCUAAUUCGAUUACUUGUAACUCUAUGAUCGGCGGGCUCUGUGUAGGAGGUAAUGUCAAAAAAGCAAUGGAUUUGUUGAGUGAAAUGUCAAAAAUGGGCUUUCAACCGACUCCAACCACUCAUAGGCUUGUCCUUAAUGCAGUCUCUGUAGAACAGAGGGUAAGGGCGGACACAAUUGUGUCGAUUCACGAGCAGCUUGUGGGUAUGGGACUUAAACAGAGUCAGAUGACUUACAAUAAUCUAAUGUCAAUCUUAUGUAAACUAGGAAUGACAAGAAAGGCCACUUUAAUGUUAGAUAAGAUGAUAAGAGAAGGUAUGGAGGUUGAUACCAAUACCUACAAUGCCCUUAUACGUGGAUAUUGUAAAAGCGCUCAUAUAAAGAGGGCUUUCGCAACUUAUUCUCAUAUGUUAGUUAAAGGAAUUUCUCCUAAUAUUACUACCUAUAACUCUCUUCUUGGUUCCCUACUGAAUUCUGGUAUGGAGGAUGAGGUUUUGAAACUGAUUGAUGAAAUGAAGGGAAAAGGGUUUCUGCCUACUGCUAACACGUAUGAUAUUUUGAUUUCUGGACAUGCGAAACUAGGAAACAAGAAGGAAUCUAUCAAGUACUACUGUGAAAUGAUAAGCAAAGGCUUUCUUCCCAGGACUAGCACUUAUAAUGCUUUAAUCAAUGAUUUUGCUUCAGAUGGAAAAAUGAAACAAGCUAGAGAGCUUAUGAAUGAGAUGAAAUCUAGAGGAGUGUUGAUUAGUUCUUCGACUUAUGACAUAUUGAUUAGCGGUUGGUGCAGGCUAUCGAAACACGUGGAGCUAGAGAAGAAAUUGAGAAAAAUGUAUAGAGUUGAGGCAAAAAACUUAAUCAAGGAGAUGCAUGAGAAAGGCUUUGUCCCUUGUGAAACUACACUUGAUUGUAUUAGUUCUGCACUUGCUAAACCUGGAAAAAAAGUCGAUGUUAGGAGGUUAUUGGAUAAACUAUACAAAGGGAAAGAAUAGUUAAAGGAAUUUUUCUACUGUUUACAGAAACAAUCUCGGUUAUUGGGUGUUCAAUCAUAUUACCACCCUUCUUUACCUUUGGGUAUUGGAUGAGAUUAGAGCUAAAGAUCAUCCACCUUUGUCGGUUUUAUAUGGUAGUAGGCAAUCUUCUAGAUUUGUUAUUUCCAUACACAAAGGGACAAAUUAUACGGGUCAACAGAUAAAGUUGCAUCCCAAGCACCAGGUCCAGAAGAAGUAGUAGAAGCAAUCGGGGAGCCCCUCCAAUACAAGACAUGGUUCUUGAAAGUCUCCAUCCACUGUGAAGGCUGCAAAAGGAAGGUCAAGAGAAUACUCAACAGCAUUGAAG